AUGACCACCGAAGCAAUGGGCAGAAACGCGUUCACGGAUAUCGGUCAUGCUCCCCAGCCUCCCCAAUUACUGACAUCCUCGGGUGCUUCGCUACAUAGCAAGAACUCGAGUGCGUCGUCGGGAGCAAGCUCCACGUCCAAUGCAAACACGCCAAACGAUUUGUCAAUGAGCCGGCUUCGUAUCCAUGCCACCAUAUACCGUAAGAGUGGGUGGGUUCAGGUGAAAGAAGACGGACUGAUUUCUUUUAGAUGGCCAAAGAAGUUUCUUGUUUUGAGCGAGUCUAGCUUGGAUUUCUACAAAAACGACGAAAAAGUUGAACUUUCGAUGCGGAUUCCCCUGCUUCACAUUUCAGGCUGUUUCAAGAACCAGAUCAAAACUUUCUGCUUCGAAAUAGUCCACAGAUCAAGGUCGACCUUUGUGUCCGUGAAAAGCGAAAAGGAGCUCAACAUGUGGAUCGAUUGUAUACUGGCAAAGUGUCCCAAGGAGGGCUUUUCGAAGCCCUUGACAGUCACUCAUGAAACUCAUGUUGGGUACGAUCCGUCGAGCGGGCAGUUGACAGGGGUUCCUCCAGAGUGGAUGGCACUAUUAAAAGGUUCCAAUAUCACAUCUGAGGACGUCGCAAAUGACCCAACCGCCGUCAUCGAUGUGUUGAAUACAUACACGGAAAUGGUAAGCCCAGAUUUGGGUGUCAAAGAUAAGGCUUCCGCCGUGCCGUUUGGAGGUGGUGACAUGUCUGCUUCGUCCAAGCUUAUCAACGACAUCACCAAACCUUAUUCUUCAACGACAGACGGUAAAUAUCUUCAACCUAGAAGAGUGCCACCCCCACCACCCGCCGCACAGGCUGCCGAGACAGACUCAACAAACAAUAAGUAUAUUCCUGUGAGAAAAGCUCCGGAAGCUCCUCAGACUAGGACCAAGACUCCUCAGCAACCAAGUUCGACAUCACCUUCAAAGCCGGUUGGACAGGUUCCACCAACGCCGCCAACAUUCAGAAGCAACGUCAAAAACCCCUAUGCUCCAGCUUCGAAUGUGACUCCAUCGAAGAAAAUAAAUUCAAACUUGAGGUUAAACACCAGCAUGGCAACUCCUAGCCCUACAGGACACUCGCCUUCGUCUUAUAAACAACCUUCGCCUGUGAACUAUUCUCCGGUUCAUCAAUAUUCGCAAACCUCUUUACAUUCGGCAUUUUCACACAGCUCCCCAAGUUACGACCAACAAACUCCAGGGUCCAAAUACGGCCAUGAAAACCACUAUUCGCCGAACUCUCAGCGUCAAAUGCCUGCUCAUCACAAACAUCCGGUGCCGUAUCCACAGCCGCACAUGGUGCCUUCUCAAAAGAAUAAACUGGCCCUCGCUGCUGCAUCAACUGCUGCCAGCUCGAGUAAAGCUUCCAGUGGACAACCUCUCACGACUAAAAAUAAGCUGGCACAAGGUUCCCCAGUCGGCAAGGCUGGUCUCAAGGACAAACGUAUAUCUACAAUGACAGACUCGCAGAUCAUGGCCAAAUUGAGAAGCGUUGUCAUCAACACGAAUCCCGCUCCAUACUUCCAAGUGAUUGAAAAAGCGGGACAGGGUGCCAGUGGUUCAGUGUACCUUGCAAAGUCGCUGAAAAUGCGUAACAAGCAGGUUGCUAUCAAGCAGAUUGAUUUGAAUAAGCAGAGCAGAAAAGAGUUGAUCGUGAACGAGAUCCUGGUGAUGAAAGACUCUCAGCAUGACAAUAUCGUCAAUUUCAUUGAGGCUUAUUUGAACGGAUCUGCCGAUUUAUGGGUCAUUAUGGAAUACAUGGAGGGAGGCUGUUUGACCGACGUCAUUGAUAACAAUCCUGAAAUAAGUGAAGAACAAAUCGCCGCGAUUUGCUACGAGACUACCAAGGGACUGCAACAUUUGCACAAGAAGAACUUUAUUCACCGUGAUAUAAAGUCUGACAACGUUCUCCUGGACGCUAAGGGAAAUGUCAAGAUCACAGACUUCGGAUUUUGUGCCAAGUUGACCACAGAAAAGUCCAAACGGGCAACAAUGGUUGGAACACCAUAUUGGAUGGCCCCUGAAGUUGUGAGACAAAAAGAGUAUGACGAGAAAGUGGACGUGUGGUCUCUCGGUAUCAUGGCUAUCGAAAUGGUCGAAGGUGAGCCUCCGUAUCUCAAUGAGGAGCCCUUGAAGGCGCUGUAUUUGAUUGUUUCUAAUGGAACACCCACGCUGAAGAAUCCAGAAGCCCUUUCAAGUGAGUUUAUGGAUUUUCUGAGUGUUUGUCUCUGUGUCGAGGUGAAGUAUCGGGCGAGAACCGACGAACUGCUUCAGCACAGAUUUUUCAAAAAAGCUUGUCCUACAGCAGAGCUGGCCAAACUUUUGGAAUUCAAAUACGAUUCCAGUUCUAUCAAACAUUAA